AUGGCAUUUUUGCUAACGUCAAGUUGGAUCUCAGAACCCAUAAAUGUGUUCGAUGGACGAUUGUCGGGGUGGUUCGGCAUGGGAAUGCUCCUAUCUUCGCAAUUCGCAGCUUUAUCAGCCGCCAAACCGGAGCAAAAUGCCGCUACUUCUGUCACCACCUAUUACUUCGCACAGCAACUUGGAUUGAUGACUGGUAUUACCACCGUGAAAGCAUUACUUAUUAGGGAAAUGCGACACGGCCUGAAUGUGACGCUGAAAGAUCAGCCUGGGCGCGCCAAGGUAAGGCUGAACUUUUCUAUCCCAUCGCUAUGA